AUGGGCGUUAAGGGACUUAAUCAGCUCAUCAAGGAGUACUCUCCCCAGGCUUACACGGAGUACCAACUCAAGAACCUAUUUGGUCGUAAAGUUGCCAUCGAUGCGUCCAUGUGCCUUUACCAAUUCUUGAUUGCCGUGAGGCAGUCGGAUGGUCAGCAAUUGACCAACGAAGAAGGAGAAACAACAUCACACUUGUCAGGUAUAUUUUACCGUACAAUCCGAUUAGUGGAAAACAACAUCAAACCAGUUUAUGUGUUUGACGGGAAGCCACCCGUUUUGAAAGGCGGCGAGUUGGAAAAACGAUUGUUGAGAAGAGAAGAAGCUCAAAAGUCAAUGGACCAGAUUAAAGAUGAUGGCACUGUCGCAGAAGUGAUGAAGUUUGAAAAAAGACUAGUUAGAGUCAGCCGCGAUCAGAAUGAUGAGGCCAAGAAAUUGCUUUCGUUGAUGGGCAUCCCCUAUGUCGAGGCACCAUGUGAAGCCGAGGCUCAGUGUGCAGAAUUGGCUCGUGGUGGCAAGGUCUAUGCUGCUGCGAGCGAGGAUAUGGACACGCUUUGCUAUGAACCGCCCCAGUUGCUUAGACACUUGACUUUUUCAGAAGCCAGAAAAAUGCCCAUCGAUGAAAUCAAGUACAAGGAUGCCAUUGCGGGGCUCGACAUGACCAAAGAGGAGUUUAUCGAUUUGUGUAUUCUAUUGGGCUGCGAUUACUGCGAAACGAUAAAGGGCGUUGGUCCAGUCACGGCGUACAAGUUGAUGAAAGAGCACGGAUCGUUGGAUAACAUUGUGAAGUACCUACAGGAAAACCCCGAAAAGACCAAAUACAAGGUGCCCGAAAACUGGCCCUACGACGAAGCGAGACAAUUGUUUCUAAAUCCAGAAGUGACUCCGGCGAAAGCGGUGGAGUUGAAAUGGAAAGAGCCCGAUGUGGAUGGGUUGGUUGAGUACAUGGUGAAACAAAAGGGGUUCAGCGAGGAUAGAAUCAGGAGUGGUGCUGAAAAGUUGAAAAAGGGGUUGAAAGCCGGUGUCCAAGGACGAUUGGAUGGGUUCUUUACCGUGGUGUCGAAACCAGCAAAGGAAACAACACCGGUAAAGAAAAAUGAUAAAAAGAGGAAAGGUAGUGAUAAAAACACUCCAGAAACAAAGAAAUCUAAAAAGAAGUAG